CACACACACACUCAUAACGAGGCGCGUGCGUGCAGGUACUCUAGCCGGGCUUUGAGCUGCAUGCACAUCGCUGCACGCGACUCUCUCUCUCUCAUUCACACACACACACACGCGCGCGCGCGCACACGCUGCUGAGGCGCGAGCACAUUCCCUGCAACCUGCGGACAGGUACGGAGUUUCCUCGCGCACGCGGAGUAAAGGUAUGAAGACCCCCCUGAGCCCCUCUGAUCUAAUGGAGAACAGUCCGCCGUAUUUUCCUCUCCUCGGGUGCCCGGAGCAGGAUGGCAUUGGCAGCAUUGGUGGGAUUGGUGGCAUUGGUGGCAUGGGCGACGCCCACUCUCAGGAGAGGAAGAAGCUGCUGUUCUCUCUGUGCGAGGUCUGCAACAUCCAGCUGAACUCGGCCGCCCAGGCCCAGACCCACUACAAUGGGAAAUCUCACCUCCGCAGAGUCAAGCAGCUCAACAACGGAGAGGUUCCUCAGCCCAGCGGACCUCCACCACUGCCCACCCUCAGCUCCACCCUCAGCUCCACCCUCAACACCACCCUCAGCGACAGCAGCACCACCAGCACAGGAAGCUCCUGCCACAGUAACUCACUGCCGGCUCUGGUGCGGACGCCUCCUCUGAUGAUGCAGUCCGCCCUGGACCUCAAGCCCUUCAUCCCGUUCCCCGUGGAUAAUAACUCCACACCCGUCGGCCUGUUCGCCAACUUCAGCACGAUGGAUCCGGUACAGAAAGCUGUAAUUAAUCACACGUUUGGCGUCUCCAUCCCACCCAAGAAAAAACAAGUGAUCUCCUGCAACAUCUGCCAGCUCCGCUUUAACUCCGACAGUCAGGCCGAGGCGCACUAUAAAGGCAGUAAACACGCCAAGAAGCUGAAAGCACAGGAAUCCAGCAAAAACAAGCAGAAAAGCGGAGGAACCGGAGGAACCGGAGGAACCUGCAGCCCGGAGAACAGCAUAAAGCCAGCCAGCACCACCCCGGCCCCGCCCAUCACUGACAUCAGCAGCAGCACUGACCAAUCAGAGAAGACUCUAGAACCUCCCUGUCUGCUGAAAGCCCUCGAAUCUCCACGAGCGUUCCUGCCCGCUCCAUCUCUAACACCCAGCCUCUGUAAACCCGCCCCCACCCUGCUGUCCAGCCCACCCGCAGAACCGGCCAAUCAGCCGGCACCGCCCGCACUGAAGCCCCUCCCCAAACAGCCCAGCCCACCUGAGCCCAGCCUGGAGUCUGAGGAGGAGAAAGCCAAGAAGCUGCUGUACUGCUCUCUGUGCAAAGUGGCCGUCAAUUCCCUCUCACAGCUGGAGGCUCACAACACAGGGUCCAAACACAAAACCAUGCUGGAGGCGCGGAACGGGGCGGGGCCCAUCAAAGCCUACCCCCGGCCCGGGUCCAAACUCAAAGUGCAGGCCAACGUCCUGAAGGGCUCGGGACUCCAGAACAAGACGUUCCACUGUGAAAUCUGCGACGUCCACGUCAACUCAGAAAUCCAACUCAAACAGCACAUCUCCAGCAGGAGGCAUAAGGACCGGGUAGCAGGCAAACCUCUGAAGCCCAAAUACAGCCCUUACAACAAGCAGCAGCGCAGCUCCAGCGUUCUGGCAGCGAAGCUGGCUCUACAGAAGGACCUGGUGAAGCCCAUCUCCCCAGCCUUCAUCUCCAGCCCCUUCUCCCCCACCACCAUGCCCUCCAUCUCCCUCCACCCGCGCCCCAACACCUCCAUCUUCCAGUCCGCCACGCUGCAGGCCUCCUUCCUGCGGGCGGCGCCGGGACCCAUCCGACCCUCCACCGGCUCCAUCCUGUUCGCCCCGUACUGACCCCCCGCCCCGCCCACCGCGCUGGAGCCACAGCGACCACCCCGGGUCGCCGGCUGGGUCACAGAGAGACUGGUCCUCUGAACCCACCGCACGGGCGGAGGCGGCUACACGGCGCCACCUACAGGACUGACCUGACCGGGCCACGCCCAACGUCAGCAGGCGGCCUGAGGAGGAGAGUGUGGAGGCGUGCUGGUUUAACCCCUUAAACUCUGGGCUUUAGUACUAGUAUUAAUUUACUCGACUGAUACUCGAGGAAUACUCCACCUAUACUCUGUACCUGUAUCAGAUUAUUAUUUUGGUUUUAUUAUUUAUUAUGGAGUUUUAGAACAAAGAGGAAACCAACCAAUUAAAAUUAACUACUUUUUUCCCCACAUACAUAUGUUUUUUAAUUGGAUAUUUGGCAUAUAGGCAUAUAAAUAUCAAAGUAUUAAUAUCCAAUAACACCAUUAGCAUGUGUAGGUGGAACAUGACAGAAGUACACUAUACUAAAAUCUUUCAUUUUUCAUUUCAUGCAAAAAUAUCAAAUAUUUAUAUUUAAUGUCUGGUAAGCUAUUGGUUAAACUAAAAUGUAGGGAUGGACCAAUGUAGACCACAAUUUAUAUCAUGAUAUCAGAUUACGCUAUUCAAAUUCAAAUUUAAUUUUAGCGUAUUAUCCAAUUAAACAGGAUUUUUACGCUCUCCAUAUUUAAUGUGAAUGUCAGUGUUUUUUAUGCACUGUUGAUAUCUUUGAUAUGAUAUAUUAUUAAAAAUAAUAUAUAUUAUAAAAUAGAACAAUGCUAACAAUACUAACCUGGGGGGACAUUGAAAGUAAGACAUACUUUGUCUGGAUUCACCAUAAAAAAUACACCUGUAAAGGAUUGUGACAUCAGUCUUUACAAACUGGACUUUGGAAAUAUUUAAACAAAAUUGUUAAAAUCUAAAGGUUUAACUGGAACAUGAUUAAUCCCACUUAAUAAAGAAAUCAUUAACCCUGUAACAUACAAUAGCAGUUUAAAGUUUGGACACAUUCUCAUUAAUAUUUGCUCUUUAUUUGUAUUAUUUACUACAUUAUAGAUUAAUAUUAAAGACGUAAGAACUAUAAAAAAAGAUAAAACUAAAAAGAAUAUAAAUGCAAUUGUUAGUUUAUUAAAUAAACUGAAAUAAUUGGGAUAAGUUGGAGAUCAGAGUGAAGGAAAAGCAGUGAACAAGAGCUCUAGAACCAGGUUCUACCUCACAAAGCUUGUUUAAUGUGUUUUGUUUACUUUAUAAUUGCAUACACAUUAAUCUACAGUUUAAAUAUCUUAUUAUAUUUAUUUUAUAAUAGUCUACAAUAUUGAAAAUAAUAAUACAAAUAAAGAAAAACUCAAUUAAAUGAGUAGAAUGUGUUCUUCUCUUCGGCUGGUACUGUAUAUGUCACUAAAAAGCCUUUUAAAACAGGUUUAAACAGUUUAAAAGCACAGUUUGUGGUGAUGGACUGUAUGAUACUGAUGUGGUUCACUGAUAUUUAGGAUGUUUCCUCAUUCUGAUAGUGAGGAGUUUUAGUCUAGACGAACACAGAGUAAUGAAUAUUAUCAUUUCAGUGGAAAAUCUCUAUUCUAAAUGCUGUUUAGUCCGAGACUGGGCUUAAUCUCUGCCUGAUUAACCAUUUCUUAGGGUUUAAGGGGUUAAAACUGUCGCUCUGCUCGCUGGGUCGAGUCCUGGUGAGCUGCUGAAGGAGGAGGAGGAGUGAAUUCAGAAUCUCACUGAAGGAAAUAAAUAAGUGUUUGAACUGCGUCCUGAUUGACUUGAAUGAUCACGGUCUUCCUAUUCUAGAACUAUGAACUGAACAGACAAUUCCAGACACACACACACACAAAAACACACACACACACGGCCUGUCAUGAUCAGCAGUUUUUGACAAUUUUCUUGCACAAUAUAUUGUUUUAAAAAUAAUUGCGAUAAACGAUAUUAUUUUAAUUUUAAGACAAUUUUAUGCUGCUGAUAUAAUUAAAAUAUAAAUGCAUAAAUGAAGUAAAAACUCUUAGAGCCCUAGCUUACACCCUGCGCAAUUCCGUGUUGUGAUGCUCAUUGCUAUCUUACACCCCGCCAACAGUCUAUUUUUAU